AUGGUGGAGUCCACGAACUCAGGUCUUGCCAACGAGAAGAACAUAGCAUAUUGUGACAAGCGUUGCGAGGCCCCUGCUGCAACUCUGAGCUGCAGUGCAGAUGACUGUGCCACUGGUGAUGGCUUUGGUUCCUCGGAGACAUACAGUGACGACAACGAGCGAAUCACGAAGGAUUCAGAGAAGAAUCCGGCUGAGCGCUUUGCUGAGUGGGGCGUGGAGAUGAACGCUCAGAUGCUGGACUCCGUCUUCAAAAUGCCAGGGACAGAACCAGGCUUGCAACCCGACUCCCUGUCGGCCAUUGGCGAUGAUAAACAGAAAGAAGAGGCCACUUGUGAAGGAUGGGGCGGGCAGCGACCUCGAGCACCCAGCGACCAGCGCCACAGCCUUCACAGCGGCAGCCGCGCCGCCGGCAACGGCAACAGGGCCAUCACCACCCAUGGAGGCUGUUCAGAACCGCAAGACACAACAGGUGCCUGGCGAGGGUCUUUGGCUUUUCCCAAGCAUCGGCCAGGCACUGCCUUCCUUUCUGACGCGGGAGUCCUUCCGCUAUCAACCGCUCGCAACGCAAGAGGAGAUGCCACCGCAACACGCAGGGGGUGUCCCAUUGCAGGUCGGGCCACUACCUUCUCCGGAGAGCUUUUCAGGAUGGCAUGCUCCCCAGCCGGGGUCUUUCUCCUUGCCGGUGGCUCUGUCUUCGACGAUCACGGGCAAGUUGUGAUGCCACCCAUGCAUUACUGUUUCCUCGAUUUCCAAGGUCCAGAGGCUCAGGAGGAGAAGGAGGCCAGAAAGAAGUUCUUUGACAGGCACAAGCAGCUCAAGGCCGGCUUGGACAACCAGCGCCAGGAAGAGAUUCGUGCCGACAAGGCCUUCAGUGCUCAAGCUCGAAGCUGGCUGCAUUGCUCCUCAUGGGUUGACAUGACACUUCCCGCCAUCUCCGAGAAAUGGGCCAGUGCUGUAGAUGCAGUGACGGUGCCCCAAGGAGAGCAGCGCGCUGGAUACGAGAUGCCCUCGGAUUGGACCCGGGCGCGGUUGGACGAGAUCGAGGCCAAACGAGAGCGGCAGCGUGCCUACCUAAGGAUGUGGUCUAUCAAGGACUUCUCCUCUCUCCGAGUCCUCGGCAAGGGGGCCUUCGGAGUCGUUCACCUGGUUCAGCGACAGGGAACGGAAGAGGUCUAUGCACUGAAGCAGAUCCAAAAGGCCCACUUCCUCAACAAGAACCACAUGAAGGCGAGGCGAAAUGCAGUCGGCGACUGCUGUUUUCACUGCACAGCAGCUGCCACUUUCUGCAGCCCUAAGGCUUACAACGAACGUGAUGCUCUCUCGCGGGGCCACGGCGUGUGGUUCGUCGACCUUCUUUGCACGUUUCAAGACUCGGAACACAUCUACAUUGUCAUGGAGUUUGUUCAAGGUGGGGACUUCUUCGCUUACAUGGAAAAGAAGGACAAACUUUCCAUAACAGAGACGCGGUUUUAUAUGGCAGAGCUCAUUUGCGCCAUCGCCGCAAUUCACCAGUGUGGCUUCAUUCACCGCGAUCUGAAGCCGGACAACCUCGUGCUGACGUCGCAGGGGCACCUGAAACUGUUGGACUUUGGCUUGUGCACUCCGGUGGACGUGGAGGAGUACAUGAUGCAGGUCGAGUAUGACAGCAAAUAUCAGGGUGUUAAUUUCCAGGAGAGACCAGGUAGGGAGGGCCUUCGGACGGCCUGUGGCACCCCACAAUACAUGGCGCCAGAGAUGUUCAAUGGCCGGGCAUGUGCAGCCUCGGAUUUGUGGGCGCUGGGGGUCAUCACAUUCGAAUGCCUUUCGGGAAGCCUGCCCUUCUACACACAGAGUCGCGACCGGCGGCGUGCUUUCCAGGAGCUCCGAAGUCAAAUUCAACAUCAUGAAGCCAACCUGCCCACCCGGCUUGCCCGGAUGCAAAAGAAGCAGCGCGACCUGGGAGCUACUCCGCAAGAUUGUGUCAAGGCCUCGCAAUUCGUGAACAAGGUGCUCUGCCCUGUCGAGCGCCGCAUCACUGCAUUCGAGUGCCAGCUGGACGACUUCUUUGAGGGCCUGGAUUUCAGCCGACUGCAGGAGAUGCAGCCGCCACAUCAGCCUUCGUGCAAGAGCGCAACUGAUGCGUCCAAUUUCGAUGACUUCCCGGCUGAGAAGCUGCCCACUCCAGAGGAUAUCACUUGCAUGGACCCUGACCUCGACUGGCCUCUCUACGAAGAUGAUGCAAAGGCUUCUCGAGCACGUUGCCGGGCGCGAAGAUUCUGA